AUGACAAGUAGCGAACCAGAGGCCGAGGGCGGCCAAGCUAUGGCCAGCUCGAAAGAGUCAUCGAACUGGGACAUAAUCUACAACACACUCACAUACUGCCCGCCACGAUGUCGAUGGGAUCCAAACAAGCCGCCGCAGUUCUCGAUGUCGAUGAACGUCCUGUUCGCCUUUGCGGCCGGCUUCACGGUCGCAAACCUGUACUAUAACCAUCCCAUCCUCAACAUUCUAGCCCGAGACUUCGGUGUUCGGUAUGAACAAGUCGCGCAGAUUCCUACAGUCAUGCAGGCUGGCUAUGCUGCAGGCUUGCUGUUCCUAUGCCCACUGGGCGAUCUACUGCCCAGGCGUCCAUUUGUAUGCGGCCUCGUUUUCUUCACAGCAACGAUGUGGCUCGGUCUUUGCAUAACAACCAACCUCGGCGUCUUCACAGCCAUCUCUUUUAUAACCGCCGUCACGACCGUAACCCCCCAGCUCAUGCUGCCGCUAGUCGGCGACCUUGCGCCCCCCAACCGACGCGCAGCAGCACUCUCCAUCGUCGUCUCAGGCCUCAUGCUCGGCGUGCUCGUCGCGCGCGUGCUCUCAGGCACAAUCAGCAACUUCGUAACCUGGCGAGCCGUGUACUGGCUCGCGCUGGGCUUGCAAUACCUGAUCUUCAUCCUACUAUGGCUGUUUAUGCCCGACUACCCUGCGACCAACCCGGGAAUGAACUACUUCCGCAUCCUGUGGGACAUCCUGCUUAUGAUCCCGCGGCACCCGGUGCUCGUGCAGGCCUGUCUCGCGGGGCUGCUGUGCUCGGCGCCGUUCACGAGUUUCUGGACAACGCUCACGUUCCUGCUUGCCGGGCGCCCGUACCACUACAACUCGCUCACCAUCGGGCUGUUCGGCCUCAUCGGCAUCGCAGGGAUGCUGAUCAGCCCGCUCUGGGCGCGCGGCAUGACGGACAAGUUCGUGCCGCACUUCAGCAUCCUGUUCGGGCUGGGCUGCAGCCUGCUGGGCGUGUGUCUGGGCACGUACCUUGGACCAUUCAGCGUCGCCGGCCCCGUGCUGCAAGCCCUUCUGCUCGAUUUCGGGAACCAGACGGCGCAGAUUGCGCAGCGCAGCGCUAUCUACACGAUUGAACCCAAGCGCAGGAACGGCGUCAAUACGGCCUUCAUGGUCAGCACUUUCUGCGGGCAGCUCAUCGGGACCGCCGCGGGGAACCACAUCUACGCCGCGGCGGGCUGGAUCGGGAGCGGUAGUACGAGUGUGGGCUUUAUUGCGGCGGCGCUGUUGGUCAUGGUUGCCAGGGGUCCCUGGGAAAAUAAUUGGGUGGGGUGGAGGGGCGGGUGGAGUCUGAAUAAGAAGAAUAAGGAUAGUGCGGAUGGGAAGACGAGUGAGACGCGGCAUUUGGGAGCACGAGAGGAGGGCGAUGAGGUGGGCGCGGUCGAGAAAGGGCUGGAGGAAGUUGCUGCGCAGGAGGGGAACGAUAGGCCACUGCAUGGGGAUGGGAGUGAGAAGAGUAGUCAAGAGGGUGUCGUUCGAGCAGUAAAAGCAUAG